CAAGUUGAAAACAAUCAAUCGUGACAAACAGAGAGACCAAGGAGAAUAAAAGAUUAGCACACAUUUGUUAGGGUCUUCAAUGUCUUGUUGAAUACUGAGCAUGAUGAAGAACGUUAUUUUUGCUCUGGUUACUCUUUCUUCGCCGUUUUUCACGAGAGCUCAACAACAGCUGUUUGUAACAACUGGUUACAACGAUGAUGGUUCCUUAGCGGACAGUGAAUUGAUUUCGUUGGGUGGAAAUGGGGAUUGUGGGAAGCCAGCAGAUUACCCUUCUUACAUUAGAGGCACCAUUGGAGGACUUGUCAAUGGAAAAAUGACCGUAUGUGGGGGAGGAUACUUCCUAGUUUAUUCCGGGGAUUGCUUCCAAUAUCAACCGGACACGAAUGAGUGGACUGAGUUCCCAGCUCUAUCGGAAAUUCGAUCAGGAGCAGCCUCUGUGGAUGGGCCUGAGGGCUUAUGGGCAGCAGGGGGAUAUGAAGGAGGACCUUUGAAAAACUCAUCCGAAGUGUUCAAUGAGGCAAUUGAGGCUUGGGUUCCUGGCCCUGUACUACCUAACCAAUUGUAUGAUCAUUGUAUGGUGCAAAUCAACUCGACCCAUACCGCGGUGAUUGGCGGUUACAGUACAAUGGAGAGAAUUCUAGCUGAAACUUGGAUCUACAAUUGGGCUAGUCAGACCUGGUCACAACAACCUGAUAUGAAAGUCCCUCGAGAUGACCAUUAUUGUGCCCUUCUUCCAGAUGGAAACAUUCUGGUGGCCGGAGGAGUGACAACUGACAAUGAAUACACGAACGCGGUUGAAAUUUUCGAUAUUCAAUCGCGCACGUGGUCAGACGGACCCGCAUUGCCUGAAAAUCGUUGGGGAGGGCGAGCUGUGACCAACGACCAAGGAGAGGUGAUUUUGGUUGCCGGUCGAAUCUCAUUGGCCUUCACUGAAACCCUUCUUAAAUUUACUGGUCAGGGUUGGGAAACCUUGACCGAGCAAAUGGCAUUACCUCGUCACUACACGACGGUUUUUUCAUUCGAUGAGCAGACGAUUUGCCCUUAAGAGUCAAAUACUAGAUAAUAAAGAAUGAAAACUUA